AUGGCUUCGGCCCAUAUGGCCAUGUUGUCCCCUGUACCCCGCGGUGGUGUCGGCACCAAGCAAUACAACGGCCGUGUCCAUGCCUUUAUCGGAUUUAAGGACAGCAAAUGGAGCAUGCGCUUCCCCUGUGGAGGCUACGCCCCCGGUCCGGUCACCAACAUGCGCGCCGGCCAGACUAUCAACGUCCGCUUUUAUGCCUCUAGCAUGAAGGCCGACCAAAUCCGCUCCCAGCCCAAGCCCACCAGCCCUAACCGCCAGUUCAGCCAGGCCCGCCACGGCGGUGGUAUGUGCGAGUUCUCCCUCUCGUAUGACAAUGGCAAGACCUUCCAUUUGAUUGGCCGCUACACGCGCACCUGCCCUGAUGCUUACUACCAGUGGCCAGUCAAGAUCCCCAACAACGUCCCCUCCUGCACAGAGAAGAACAAAUGCCUCUUUGUCUGGACCUGGACCGCAAACAUUCUUCCCCAGUGGUACAUGAACUGCGCCGACAUCCGUCUCACCGGUGUCAAGAACGGUCGUCGCCCUUCAAAGUCGAUUCAGAUUGUCGAUUUCAAGCCCCACCGCAUGCGCGUUACUGCCGCUGGCGAUGGUACCAAGCACCGCUCUUCCACAGGCCCCAACCGCAAGGAGAUUAACGAUAACAUGAACGGCAAAUACUAA